AAUACUCAAAAUCCUGCUUAUCUGCAGAGGAAAUCACAAAGCAGCACCAAAGUGGAGGAGUUUGCAUUCUCAACAUGUGCAUGUAUCAGCCAGGAAGACUGGACAGAAGAACACAUUCACUGAAGCCAUGGAUGAUUGCCUUUAUUACUACAAUCAUUGUGUUGGCUCUGGCAUUAAUUAUUGGUCUCCUUGUUUAUUUUUUAGAGUAUGAUCAGACAGCUCACUAUUACCAGGUCUCUUUCCAGAUCCCCAGUAUUGACUAUAGUCCUGACUUUUCUGUGGAACACUCAAAGGCUAGAACUGACCUGAAACAAAAAGUCAAUAAUGAGAUAGACAAGAUAUUUCAAAGUUCCAAUUUAAACCAACAUUACAUAACGUCUCAUGUUGUCAACUUUAGGCCAAAUAAUCCUGGUUUAAAGGCAGAUGUACUGCUCAACUUUAAAUUUACUUCUAAGAAUGCAGACACUCUAAAGAGACAAGCUGACACGAUUGUGCAUAAGAAUUUGAAAUCCAAUGAGAGCUUCUUGAAGAUAGAUACUUCGUUACCUUAUCUUAGAGAAAUAAACAGAGCACAAGCACAGCAUUUCCUGAACAGCUGCUGUGGCUUGGGGAUGGAGUACCCACCCGUGGAGAGAAUCGCUCAAGGCCAGGCUGCAGCGCCGGCGGCAUGGCCCUGGCAGGCCAGCCUGCAGGUGGACGGCAUGCACUUGUGCGGCGCUUCCCUCAUCAGCGAACUCUGGCUGCUCACUGCGGCGCACUGCUUCGACUAUCACAAGAACCCUAAACUGUGGGAGGCCAGCUUUGGAACAACCCUCCGCUCUCCGCUGGUAAGAAGGAAGGUGCAGUCCAUUAUUGUCCAUGAGAAUUACGCUGCCCACAAGCACGAGGACGACAUCGCCGUAGUGAAGCUCUCGGCCCCUGUGCUGUUUUCUGAAAAUGUACACAGAGUCUGCCUCCCAGAUGCUGAUUUUGAAGUCCUGCCUAAGAGUAACGUGUUUGUCACUGGAUGGGGGGCACUGAAAGCAAGUGGUCCACUUCCAAAUACCCUCCGACAAGUUGAAGUGGAGGUCAUCCAUAAUGAUGUGUGCAAUCAGGUUCAUGUAUAUGGCGGUGCUGUGUCAUCAGGAAUGAUAUGUGCUGGGUUCCUGUCAGGAAAACGAGAUGCCUGUGAGGGUGAUUCUGGAGGACCUCUGGUCAUUGCACGAGAUCAAAAUAUCUGGUAUCUUAUUGGAAUCGUAAGCUGGGGAAUAGGCUGUGGAACAGAAAACAAGCCGGGACUGUACACCAGAGUGACUCAUUAUCGAGACUGGAUUAAAUCUAAGACUAACAUUUAACUCAACAGCUACCUCCCCAUCUGAACCCUGAGUGCCAGGUGUGAUCUCACGUUAUGCUCAGCGCAUGUUACUGUGCGUAUUGCCCUAAGGUCCACCUUCCCCUUGAAUGUGGAAAGGCAGAAUUCCUCUCACCUCUCCCACAGUUUUGCUGCCGCUGAGCACAGAGGACACUGUCAGCGCCACAAAGUCCGGCCCUUCCUGGAGCAUCUCGGAUUCCCUCCCUGCUCCCGUCCUAGACCGCUCCAUGCUAUUCAUUUCAGUGUAAUCUAACAGCAAAGCAUCAACGAGCUGAGCAUUUUCCUGAUUGAGCACGCCUCUCUUCCAAGAUAGCUCCAAAGGUUUUGUUUUCCUCAUCAAAUAAUCCUCAUCAUAAAUUUGUUGCUCCACUGACUAGACAAGUCCAAAUAUUUAGCUUUGGCCGGGACUAACCCAAAGACUGUAGGGAGUGCAUCUCCCUUGGCCUUGGAUGGCCAUUUAAUCUCUCUCUAAAACUAAGGAUAGCUGACAUUUAUAUUUACACUCAAUGGUGCACAUGUCAAAUUCUUUUUUAAAAAUUACAGUAGUGUAUAUUUUGAAGCAAUGAAUGAAUCAUAGGAUCAGACAUCAACAAAACUUUAAAUAAUAUCUUGCACAGAAUUCUUUUGGGAACCAUGUAAAAUUGUCUUUAAGUAUUCAAAAACUAAAGGCAAAGUUGCUUAGCCUUGUCAUUAAUUUGAAAUGUAAAGAGGCAAAAUUUCAAUUAAAAUAAGCUACUGAAUCUAAUAAUGAAAGAAGCCUCAAUUCCUGUGCAUGUUUACUUUCUCUUGUACUUUUUUGUACCAGGGAUUGAACUUACAACCUUGCACUUGCCAGGCAGGAACUAAUGCCACUGAGCUAAAUUCCUGGCCCACUUGUACAUUUUUUUAAUCUCUUAGUACAUUUUAUUUAGACAAUUUUAUUUUCAAUGAGCUUCAGAAAAACUGAGGAACCUGCAGAAUAAGAAGUCAAUAUAAAUUACAUGUUCAUAAACAACUUAAGAAAUAAGUCAAAAUAAAUCAAGACUACCACAAAUAAUUUUAUAUGAUUGUUACAAAGACUUUAUACUGUAAUAUUUACUGUUAAAAUCUCAGCCAUU